AUGAACUUCUUGUUAUGGAAUAUUCGGGGCGUUGGGAAAGGUGAGAAAACGAUGUCUAUUAGAAAUAUUGUGCAGGAAAAGAAAAUUUCCUUUAUGGGACUGGUAGAGACAAAACACAAAAGACCCAUAAGAAGUAGAAUGAAAAGGAUGUGGGGAAACGAUGAUUUCGAUAUAUGUGAAGUGUUCGCUAGCCAAACAAAUGGGGGUGGGCUGAUAGCUACAUGGGACAAAUCAAUAUUCCAGGUUGCAAAUACAUUCACUGGUGACAGAUGGAUGUUGCUAGAAGGAUGUCUAUCUGCUGAAAUGUUUGAAUGCUGCGUAGGGGUCAUCUAUGGCCAAAAUGAUCGCUCGGAACGUUAUGCACUGUUGGAGGAGAUAAAAAACAGGAUUGUGUCUAUAAACAAACGGUGCCUUCUGAUGGGAGAUUUCAAUACUGUGUUACAUCCUACGGAAAGAUCUGGAACGUUCAGAUGUGAUCAGAGCAUGAGGGAGUUCUCGGAAUGGAUUACAGAUUUAAACCUUAUUGAUAUACCGCUACAUGGUGUGAAGUUUACUUGGAGAAGAAACGAAUCGAAGAGCAAACUAGAUAGAGCCCUGUGUUGUCAGACAUUGCUAACCAAAUUUCCAAACUUGAAUUUGAUAGGGCUAAAAAGAAGUAUCUCUGAUCACAACCCCCUACUGCUAUCGCUUGAGGAUGGGAUCAACUGGGGCCCGAAACCUUUCCGAUGCUAUGAUGCUUGGUUCCUGAACCCGAAACUAAAAGGAUUCCUUAUGAAUGAAUAG